CAAAGUGAAAGAUCAGGAGGACUAUUAUUCAGAAGUUAAGUUUAUUUCUUGAAGAGAGCACAUGUGCAAAGAAAAACUAAAAUCAGUGAGAAGAACCAUGGAAUCAACAUUUAGGAAAUCUUGAUCAACUGAUUGAUGCUGAAUAGUACAACUGAGCAAAUUUUAUUUUUAUCAGGCAGGAAUUAUGUGCAGGAAAAACAGACUUGAGAGCAGUUCAAUCAGUCAUUGAAAUGAAGAGGAUAUUAUUCUAAGUCAUGUGAAUUGCAGACACUGUGAACUAUAAUUCUUUAUGCAUUAUGAGCCACCCGCAGCAGAGUGUACCAAUGGGCAUUGAGGACCAAUUAUCAGAAAAUGCAGCCAUUUCGGCAUUUUCUGUGAUGGAUUCUUCCCGUCUGUCCACCUUUGUCAUAUCAAUAUUGCUGAUAGUGUACGGAAGCUUCAGAUCCCUAAAUUUAGAACAAGAGAAUCGAGAGAAGGACAAAGAAAAAGACAAACAAUUUGUUUCUAACAGUGAUGGAGACAACAAUGUACAGACCAUUGACACUUGCCAAGCAGCUUUUCUCCCCAUUGGAGCCUCAGCAUCUCUCCUCAUCAUGUUCUUAUUCUUUGAUUCUCUACAGAUGGUGUUUGCCAUUUGUACUGCAGUCCUGGCAACAGUUGCUUUUGCCUUCCUUUUGUUACCCAUGUGUCAGUACCUCAUACGACCAUGCUCAACAGGUCAAAAAAUAUCGUUUGGGGUGUGUGGCCGUUUCACAGCAGCUGAGAUCUUAUCGUUUUUCCUAUCCUUUAUGAUUGUGUGUAUAUGGGUGCUGACUGGACACUGGUUACUGAUGGAUGCCCUGGGCAUGGGGCUGUGUGUUGCCUUUAUUGCCCUGGUAAGAUUGCCCAGUCUGAAAGUCUCCACCUUGCUGCUUGUAGGCCUACUGGUGUAUGAUGUGUUUUGGGUAUUUUUCUCUUCCUACCUCUUCAGUGCAAAUGUCAUGGUGAAGGUUGCCACAAGACCAGCAGAAAAUCCUGUGGGUCUGUUUGCCAAAAAGCUUCAUCUUUCUGGAUUUAUGAGAGAUGCGCCAAAAUUAUCAUUGCCAGGAAAGCUGGUAUUUCCAAGCAUUCAGAAUUCUAGUCAUUUUUCUAUGUUGGGCCUUGGAGAUAUUGUUAUGCCAGGUCUACUUCUGUGUUUUGUACUACGAUAUGAUGCUUACAAGAAAACACAGACCAAUUCUGUAGAGGCAGGAGUCCCACCCCCACCGACUUACGUUCACAAGGUCACUUACUUCCACUGCUCUCUGAUUGGCUAUUUCUUAGGGUUGCUAACUGCCACCGUAUCAUCAGAGGUGUUUAAGGCUGCCCAGCCAGCUCUGUUGUACCUUGUUCCAUUCACACUUCUUCCCUUGUUAACUAUGGCAUAUCUGAAGGGAGAUCUUAGGAGGAUGUGGAGUGAACCAUUUAUUGUUCAACAAACACCUAAAAAUUUAGAUGUAUGAUAAAAAGUGUUGUGCAAAUAAUCUAACCCGGAUUUAACUUAAAACAGAAUGUGUUUUCAAAGAGGGACAACACAUUACAAUGCAUUCUUGGAGAAGGAGCUCCCAAUGAUUUACAACUGGAAAAUUUCCCUGUGUGAAAAAUGCAUAUGCAGCAAAGUCUGCAGGUCAUUUACUGCAAUGUUUUAUGUGAUGUCAGGCCCCAUUGUAUUUUUAUACUAGAUAUUUUCUCUUGGGUGAAGAUUUUUCAUUGGCCAGUGAUUUGACAGUGGUUUUAACAUAGUGGUCUGAUUUUUAACUUGCAGGUUUCAGAAUAUAUGUAUUUGGAUAGAUACGGAUAAUGGAUAUUGUUGUUAUAUGUAACCUAUGUGUUUAAUCAUGUUUCUCGUGAAAUGACCAGUGCAUUCAUUGCAAAAAGAGAAAACUUCAGCAUUAUUUUACAUCUUUAAAACAGAGCCCGGAGCUCUGUUUUUUUUUUUUGUUUUUUUUUUAAUUGAUAUCAUUUUGGAAUCUUAUUCCUUUUUUUCAUUUUUAUAUCCUUAUGAGAAGAAAAUUGAUAUUGAAAAAGAUAUACAUUUUCCAUUACAAAUUUAUUUAACUAAUAGAUGUUAUGCAUACAUGUAUUAAUCAACAUAUUGUUGAUGUUUGACAAAUAAACUUGUGUACAUUUAUAGGCAAUUAUAGCAAGCAACAAACACAUAGCCAAGUUUCAUCUUUAGUGCUUCCAUCACUGUGUUGCUUUAAAUAUUUUUUUUUUAAUUUCCAAUGCAUACAAGAUGAACAGAUAGAUUAUUUUAAUUAAGAAUUAUCAGAUAUUUUUUAUUUUAUUUAGUAAAAUGGUUGAUGGUGUAAUGACUAUGUUACCAUGUAAAAAAAUAUGUUUGCUUUAAUGUCUUUGUGAUCAUAAUAGAUAUUAAAUGUUGUAUAAAUAAUUA